AUGUGGAUUAAUGAAUUAGGACUAACUAUAGAUGAUGAAAUGGCAAUAUUACAUAAAAAAGGACUUAACUCAAAUCAUAUGGAGGCUGUAAACAAACUAUUACGCCAACAAGUAGGAAGUCAAAUUUCAGGCUUAACUGAACGUGUACCGUUGUUCCAUAAACCAGAACAGAAAUGGAAAUACAGAAAUGAACCUAUGGAGCCAACAACAUCUCCAUCAUGCCAGAUUCACACCACCCAUGCUGAUCAUUGGGUCUGUUCUAUUUUUCAUAACGGAAUUAUUUAUUUGAUAGAUAGUUUUGGAUUUGAAAGACCACCAAAUUCAGUGACUGUUCAACAAAAUACAACUAAAACUUCGGUACCCAGUAAACAACCAACAAAUGUACAGAAAUCUCUCCAAGUAAAAACCCCAGCCGCAAUACGAAACAUUCCCAACUACAAGCCACAGCCACAACGUAUAAACAAUGUAUCAAACAAUUCAACAUCGGCAAAGGCGUGCUAUACAAAUUCGCAUUCUAAUGGGCAAACGCGGACCUUUACACUCGGAUGUAUUGAUAAUCAGCAAUGUGGAACAAUUACGGCCGCAGGAGGCCCCGGAAUAGUCGGGCGAGGGAUCAAUGAACUUCAAACCGAUCACUGCCAUGAAUGUUGUGGAUCAGAUCAUUGUAAUAGCCGUCUGUGCAGUCACUUAAAACCGUCUGCAUGCAUUGAUGAUGCCAAAGUCGACUGUCCAUUUCUGAGCGGACUCUUCAACAUAUGCCAGGAUAUUCACCACGCCAAAACAGUUUGUCCUAAAUUCUGUCAAUUAUGUUCUUUAGUUGACGGAAAUUGGGCGGAAUGGUCCCAGUGGUCAGAAUGUGAUGUAACAUGCGAAACUGGACAACAGACAAGAAAGAGGACGUGCACAAAUCCGGCUCCUGAAAAUAAAGGCCUUGACUGUGAGGGGAACUCAACUGAUUUCAAAGUUUGUCUUAAGCAACCUUGUCCAGUCCAUGGUGGUUGGACACUUUGGUCCGAGUGGGAGAAGUGCUCAGUCACCUGUGAUGUUGGUAUUCAGAGAAGACAUCGGAACUGCUCGAAUCCCUAUCCUUCAAAAUACGGGGACCAUUGUUUCGGCGACACUUUGGAUGACAGAAUUUGCAUGCCGGGACCAUGCUCAAACGGUGGAUGGUCUACGUGGACUGGCUGGACAAGCUGCAGUUCGUCAUGUGGUGGAGGUUUGCGCUCUCACUCUAGAAGUUGUACAAAUCCAUGGCCUUCGACACUAGGGAAGUUUUGUGACGGCACUCCUUUUGAGAUGGAAUUGUGUAACACAAAAUCGUGUGGUACCUCAG